AUCCUGCGGAGUUGGCGGGUUUGUGCCGGCAGUGCCGGCCCUUGGGCUGCGGAGCCAACGGGCAGUGGAGGAGCUCGGGGGCCGUGGGGGCCUCGGGGCUGCAGAAACCCCGGCUCAGCAGGGGCUCCUUCCUGGAAUCCCGCAAAAAUCCCAGCAGCACCUCCAACAGUUUUGGGGGCAAGUCCAACCACCACUGCCACGGCUCGGCCUUUCCCCUCAAAGCCUCUCCCAGCCCCUCGUGCCGGCGCGGCCUCCUGAGCCCCAAGAAGACCCCCAGGCGCUUCAUCAGCACGGCAGAGGAGGUGUGGGAUGAGGGGAGCUCCGACUCCGUCAUUUUGCUGAAGGUGAAGGAUCCCAGGACGUCGGCCCCGAGCCCUCCCUUCUUCCAGGCAGAGCUGUGGAUCAAAGAGCUGACCAGCGUUUACGAUUCCCGAGCUCGGGAGAGGUUGAGGCAGAUUGAGGAGAAAAAAGCUUUGGCUUUGCAGCUCCAGAACCAGCGGCUGCAGCAGCGGGAGCAGGCGCUGCCCGGGCGGGUGGAUCUGAACCUGCGGGUGCCGCUGGAGAAGGAGAUCCCGGUGACGGUGGGGCCGGAGCAGGAGCAGGAGGAGCAUCCCAAGGGUCCUGAGGGAGAGGAGGAAUUCCCAGAGAUCACCGAGGAGAUGGAGAAGGAGAUCAAGAGCGUGUUCCGGGGCGGGAACCAGGACGAGGUGCUGAGCGAGGCUUUCCGUCUCACCAUCACCCGCAAGGACAUCCAGACCCUCAACAACCUCAACUGGCUCAACGACGAGAUCAUCAACUUCUACAUGAACCUGCUGAUGGAGCGGAGCAAGGAGAAGGGGCUGCCGGCCGUGCACGCCUUCAACACCUUCUUCUUCACCAAGCUGCGCUCGGCCGGCUACGGCGCCGUCAAGAGGUGGACCAAGAAGGUGGACAUCUUCUCCGUGGACCUGCUGCUCGUGCCCAUCCACCUGGGCGUGCACUGGUGCCUGGCCUACCUGAAGCAGGAGAGCCUGGACAAGAAGAGGAAGGAGUUUGAUGCCAAUGGGUGGGCCCUGCUGAGCAAGAAGAGCCAGGAGAUCCCCCAGCAGAUGAACGGCAGCGACUGCGGGAUGUUCGCCUGUAAAUACGCCGAUUGCAUCACCAAAGACAAGCCCAUCAACUUCACCCAGGUAACCCAGACCGGGCCAGGGGGACACCCUGGGGACACCCAAAACCCCUCCUGA